UGUCACAACAGUGAUUUGGGGCUGCAGACGCCGAUGCGCGUUGCAGACCUAUGGGAGCGCAGGGACGGCAGAAGUGGGAGGGCAGAGUGCGACUGAGGCGGACUUGACUCCAUUUGUAAUGAAGGAUCUGAUGAGCGGGGGUUCAGAUCCGGGCUGCCGAUGAGUCCGAGAGGUCAACGAAGAGAGGAGUCAUACAAACGAGGCGGAACUCACAUCCGCGGCGAACGCAUCCGCGGUCUCCGCAGCCGGCGGCGAUGAGGAGCUGGUGGAGCGGACAGAGCGCAACGAGGAACAACCCGGUGAUAUUCCGGAGCUGCACUGGGCACAUGGUGGAUUUUUAGACCCGACGCUCGAGCAUUUGAACUGUUGGAUUUUACAGAAUUAAAGCAAGCCUAAAAAAUAAAGCCGGCUGCAGAGCGCGCAGGAGCAGGAUGAGCGUGUUUUCUGCAGGGGGAGCUGAGCAGUACGUUUGAGUGGGACAUGGCAAACGGAGGGGACCAGUUCGGCCUUGCAGAGCGUCCGGACUCUCACUGCAUGGAUUCCCCGAAAGAGGCCAAACAGAAACAUUCCAGUUACACUUUAGAUUCACCAGCUUCACCGCAGAAGGCGUCCAGUCAGCCGGUACCAACCUGUACUGCAGACCAUAAUGGGAUGGAAGGAAUCAAAGUUUUCCUCCACGAUAGGGAACUUUGGACAAAGUUUGAUGGAGUGGGAACUGAAAUGAUAAUCACCAAGGCUGGAAGGAGGAUGUUCCCCAGUUACAAGGUGAAGGUCACGGGACUCAACCCUAAAACCAAGUACAUCCUCCUGAUGGACAUUGUCCCCGGGGACGACCACCGCUACAAGUUCGCAGACAACAAAUGGUCGAUAACGGGGAAGGCAGAGCCCGCGAUGCCCGGGAGGCUCUACGUCCACCCGGACUCCCCGGCCACCGGAGCUCACUGGAGCCGCCAGCUCGUCUCCUUUCAGAAGCUCAAACUCACCAACAACCACCUGGACCCCUUUGGACACAUAAUUCUCAACUCCAUGCACAAAUACCAGCCUCGCCUUCACAUUGUCAAGGCCGAUGAGAACAACGGCUUCGGCUCAAAAAACACGGCUUUCUGCACCCAUGUCUUCUCUGAGACGGCCUUCAUCGCUGUGACUUCCUACCAGAACCACAAGAUUACACAGUUGAAGAUCGAGAAUAAUCCUUUUGCGAAGGGCUUCAGAGGGAGCGAUGACAACGAGCUGCACCGCAUGGCCAAGCUACAAGGGAAGGACUACCCUGUGGUCCCGCGCAGCAACGUCCGUCAGAGAGCCUGUUCCACCGGCAGCCCCUUCAGCAGGGAGGGCCGGAGUCUGCACGGGUCCCCCGAAGCUGUUGGAUCCCCCUACAGCUGCGAGAACGGCUUGAGCAGCGGCAGUCCCCAGCAGCUGCUGAGGGCUCCCCCGACACACUACGCCCUUCCUCCUCCUCCUCCUCCUCCUCAGCUGCAGCACGGCCACCCGCCACAGGUCUACCACUGCACCAAGAGGAAAGCGGAGAACUGCUCUCCGGGAAUCCGGCAGCACCCGUUCAAGAAAUGCUUCACAGGACGCUCUUCGAGUGAGGGCGAGUCUUACUAUCACCCCUCCUCCUAUCCUCCUCCUCCUCCUCCUCCCCCCGGUCGACCCAAUAACCCGCUCACUGACUCCCCCUGCAGCUCAGAGAUGGGACAGCGUCAGGCCUGCAUGUUUGCCGGCGCCGAGCCCCGACUGGAUGAACUCAACUGCGCAUCCUGGUCGUACAGCUGCCCGCUCCCCUCCGCCAUGACCCCGGUUGAAACCUACCCACCGUACACCCCUCAUCCGCCCUACAGCUCCAGUCCUCAGGGCUCCCGACUCAGCGCUUUAGCCCACCAGAGCUCUCCGUCGCUGGGAGAGCACGUCGCUCACGACCCCUAUCAGAGCCAGAGCUCUGGACCUUCAUCUCAGAGCUCCCAGAAUAUUCACAGCAGGCAGCUCAGCCCUCCUCUCAGACAGUAUCCUCGCUACGCGGCCAACCUGUCUCCUCCUCUCUACCACACGCUAGAAACGCACACGCACAUCAGAUGUGGCGUCCCAGAAUGGAGCGCGGCCUCGUAACUGAACCAGAGGAGACGUGCGAAAGACUCACUGAGGUUCCUUGUCUCAAACUCAGUGACCCUUCUUGUUGCUUCGUUAAAAAAAGAUGCUGCGCCAUAUAUAAGGACAAAAUAAGUCAUGGCCUUUGUAAUAUAUUUGUGAUAUAGUGAUUUUGUGCUAAGUCUCAUCUGCUCCUCAUGUUUCCCACGUGUGCUGGAUGAAGCAGUGGAUUGUUAAAGACUGGAUUUGGAAACCAAUGAAUCAUAAUUGUAUAAUCAAAGACUGGCGUCAUCCACAUGUUUGCACUGUGAGCUCUGCUAAGGACACAAGCUAAGAGGCCACACCGUGAACAGCACUCGGCUGUUUUCCCCUCACGCUCUCCAUUGUGAAGGAUGUAAAUCGUGACCCCGUGUCAGACAAGCAGUUACGUUUACUGACCAAAAUAAUCUCGGCUCUCAAAGCAGAGCCCGAGGGAGACAUUGUUUCUCUUUACAGCUCCAUGCUCAGUCUCAGUGGAGGAGGACAGGCAAGAGUUUGUCUGUGCGUGUGGGUUUGUGUGUAAAGCCUAUGUCAGUUCUGCUCAAGGAUGCUAUGAGUUAAUUUCCAGUGAGACAGGCCGUAGUAGCCGCAGGCGCUGCACCAUCGAAAUAAACAGUUUGUUUAGACUACGCUACAGGCUGGAGGACCUGUAAACACGGCUUCCACUGCAUUCUGGGUAAACGCACAACUCAACGUCAUGCAACUGUCACCCUGUCCUCUCAGUCACCCCCGGCUGACCAAUCAGCUUUCUCUGUUCACUGAGAGCCAGCCAAUGGACGCACGCCUCUUUUAUCCCCAGCUGACCAGUCCGGGCUGAAGUGCAGCAUGUUUCAUGUGUGCUUAUGUGCCGGCCCGUUUAUUACUGAAUUAUUCAUGAGUCCAGUGUUGAUCCUUGACGUGUGAGUAUUGUUCUGCAAGCGUAGAGAGUCACAGUCCUGUAAAUGGCCUAAUGUUGAUGUGCAAAUAUUUUUUUCUAUUUUUAGUCCCUUUACUUUGAAUUUCAAUGCUCCCUGUCCCGUCCAUACAGCACGUCUCCAUUAAUUGCUGUGGCAGGAUUAUGUUAAAUACAUUUCCCUGUAAAGAAACGUGUGUGUCGCUUAAUGUGCAAGAUUUUGGUUCAUCGUGUAAUGAAGCAGUUUUUAUGUUUAAGUCCAGAUGUUUUACAUGCAGUAAGAUGUGAAAAGGCGCUCCGACAUUACAAACAUCAGUAUGCAGAGAGCAGAUCCUCGUCAUUCCUUGAUGUUUAUUUGUGUGUGUGUGCGCGUGUGUGCGUGCGCGUGUGUGUGUGUGUGCUUUACAAUGAGAUUUUUUAUUCAUUGUUCCUGCUUAUAGUAUUUAUUACUCUAGAUUUGUUAAGAGUAGUUUGUUGUUAAAUUGUGAAUCAAAAAGAUAUUGUUCAAAGAUACUUGUUUCUCUUUGAAUGUCUGUUUCUGGUUUCAACCUCCAUCUCUAAGUGGGGUUAAUAGUUGUAAUAAAAAAAACUAAAUUUGCUGUUAAAUAGAAAUAAAGACAGAUUUAUAUACAGACAUGGAAUAAAUUUUAGAACAUUUUGCGUAAGUCAA